AUGGCCCCGAUUCUCGAAGCCGAAAUCAAGGGGACAACGCAGUGGGCGGACGAAGAUUUCUUCGAGAGAGUCGUCAAGCCUAGAGUCCGCGAUUCAACUCAGGAUGUCACAGACGAUUCCGUCGCCAAAUUCCUUGAGACCUCCGGUCUAUAUCACAGCGAUACCAAGCAAUGGAAGGACAUUAAUCCGACCACCAACGAACCUGAUCUAUACCCUCCUUUCCUCAAUAUUUUCCAAACUGUCAUUCAAGCGUUCGGCAUUACCAAUCGCAAGGCCAUUGACAGUCACAAGACGAAGAUGUCUCACAUAGAGGGUUCCGAAAGUAUGGGGAACAGUGACCUCAAGACGUCGCCCGAUCUCUUUAUCUUCGGAACGGGGAUAAACUUCCAUGGCACAGAUUUGAAGCCAGAGCCUACCGCCGAAUACACCUAUUGUGCGUCACCCUGCGAAAUCAAGACCGAACACAAUUUUUCAGAGAAGGUUGUCACCCAAGUCGCCGUGUAUGCUAGGUGGGUCGCAAAUCCUCGAGGUCUUGUCCUCAUCUAA